ACGACGAUUCAAACAGUUAGUCCACCAUCGACCUUCAUAGGAUAUUCGACUGUGGGCUCGCUUGUCAUUCAGAAAUGAGUAGUGACUUGGACUCUGGAGAAUCCAAGUACUCAACAGCUAGCCUUUUUGUAAGGCUAGGAGCCUAACAAGCUCCAAUUGAUCGAGUAUAAAUAAAGUUGUUGUUGUUGUUGUAACUUCCAAUUUACUAAUUUUUCAAGUAAACAGCAAUAUAGCUUUUUCAAUAAUCGCAACAAAUCUAAUUCUACCUAUCACUUGUUAUGGAAACAAAUAAAGUUAAAACAUUCUUUCGGUGUUAACAUAAAUUUAUUGUUACAUAAUUUCUCCUCUCAACUUUUUGGAAAGAAAGCGUGGAUAUCGAUAAUCAACGCUGAAAAUAUCUAUCACGCAUUGUAAACGUAAAAUCUCCAAAAAUAUUAGUUUCCCAUUUUCAACUUCUCAUUUGUUUUCCCGUUCCCCAUUCCCCAUUCAUUAUUUUCCGUUUUCCCUUUCCGUUACUUAUUCUUCAUUCCCCAUUCCUCAUUCAAUAUUCUCCAUUUACCAUUCCUUAUUUUCCAUUCCUCAUUCAUCAUUCCCUAUUCCUCAUUUUCUAUUUUCUAUAUCCUAUUCCCCCUUCCCCGUUCUUCAUUACCAUUCUCCAACUUUAGUAACAUCCGUUUACAUGAAGUUCUCAAUUACCGCGAUUUGACUUCUUUUGGAAGGUUUUUCAAUCGUCACUUGCUCGUUUCAACUAGGAUCGCAGAGAUACUUGUGCAAUUUCUUGACGUAAUGAUUUCAGUUGAACGCCGCGAUGAGUCUUUCGAUGCUGAAUCCUUUACAAGCGUACCAAAUUUGCCAACAAUCAUGGAUUGGAUGAUGAGAACGGCGUCAUACAGGCCAACGCUUCGCUCUCGCGGUAAACCGCAUCGUCUUUCAUGUUUUCCUGAGGAGGAAAGAUUUCUGUAAGAUUUCAGGGAGAAAUUACCGAGAAAUUACCGAGAAACUGGCGAGAUUGCACGAUUAAUUGCAAACAGCAACAGCCAGUUAAGACCUAUCAAAAACACUACUUGAUAAUGUAGUCCAGUGUUGGCACCAGUUAAAUUGAAUUUUGUGUUACUAGUCCGAUGUUGUCAGCCAGUUCAAUGUUGGUUUAAGAGUCCCACGUUCACAACGACGGUCAAAUUGGAUGUUGAUUCAUUAAUUUCAAUUUUUUGCAGACAUGAAACAGCAUAGUCUUCUGGUUGUCACCAUCUGUUUCUUCCGUCUUUUUUCAAUUGAAUUGGCAAACCUUUGAUCUCACUGACCUCCUCUUGAUCUGAGGGUGCGAGCUCUAGCCUGAGAGGGUACGUCCCUUCCAAGUCUGAACCUGCGCUUUCGAAAGAUUUUGCAUCUCAGAUUUCUCUAAAGAUAUCCAACUACUUAUGAAUCGUUGCAGCUUGUGAAAUUCUUGGAAUAAAGACUCUAACGGGAUCGCGACGCUCAUAAACGUUCCUGUCCCAAGUGCAGUGCUUAUUCGUAGGCGGCGCGGAGUGGAAGCAAGUAAAAGUUGCUCGUCUAUCAUGCGCUUGUCUCGUGUUUGCUUACGCUUGCUUGAAAAACCCAGAAGAAUGUAAACUUUAGGCAGCAGAAGGCACUGACUUACUUAAACUUUCCAUCAAUGUAAUGUUGCAGCUCCACCGUCAAACCAAAAUGGCUGCGAGGGAGGAAGGAUCUGGGGCUAAGCCACCUGGGAUCGAACCAGCCCAGGAUAUCGAGGCUUUAGAUCUCAGCGUUAUGUCUGAACAUCUCAAAUGGACUGGAGGCAACGUCAUGAAUACACACUUUGCACCUGGUGGAAAGAAAGGCAUCAUAAGCAGAUUCACUAACAAGAGCACCACUUUGACGUACGCGGUUGUUUUACUCCCCGUGCUUGUGCUUGAACUUGUGGUGAAUUCCGCAGCCUUUCACUGCCCCUCUAAGACACAUCAAAUGGUUGGCCGCUGCUGGUUGUACCUUCCGGCCCUCAUCAUUUUCCUCGUCAGCUUGCUACUCGUCGUGGACAUCCGGGACGUUUACAAAAGGUGUCUAGUCCGGGAUUUUUGUCAUUUUGGCUUCUUCUGUCACCACACCUUCCCCACCAUAGUUAGGUCGUUCGUGGGUGCGUCUGUCUGGUUGUGGGCGGCAUUCUGGCAGGAAGAUUACUACGUGUGCAGCGUGGCAGGGCAGGAUCCCCAAGAAAAAGGAGCACCGAUGAAUACACUCUUGUAUAACGUGAGGCGAUGUGGGCUCUGGAGAUUUUUUAUGGAGCUCUUCCAGGGAUUGCGUGAUAUUAAAUAGCCCAGUGGAGACCAAAUCCAAAGGAACAGCAAUGGAGACGACAGAGGCGAAGGAAUCCACGAGGACCCAGGAGUCAGCGUUGCGGAAAACCAGAAUGAAACGGAGGAAGAUAGAGAGACUAAAGUUAGCUUCUACCCCGAUGGCAUUUUAGAGAAACGUGCCGAAAGGAAGGUUAGAGAGAUGUUCUUACGCUUGAAGGAAGCAGAUCCAGACUGGAAGUACCAUGAUGCUAACGAACAUUUUGCACAGCUCUAUCCCAGAGCUGCCACUGGUAAUCCACGACAUAGGUGGGUCG